AUGUGGACAUAUAGACGCCUUUCUUUGAUGGGGAGCUUCGGCUUAGUUUUAAUAGUUUUUGAACAUCCAGUAUCACUCCAUUUUCAGACGACCAUCAACUGGAUAAACUCCCGAGCCUGCUCGCCGGAAAAGAAAACGUUCGUCGUGACAGCAAAGCGCGGUACUUGUCGGGAAUAUCAGCUGAAUCAGCAUGUGGAUACACCAUUACAAGAAUUACGAGUCAGUGAGUGCUCUGCUGCAAUAGGAGGCCUAACCUUUGACUGCGACUACACUUUGGAAAUUGUGGAAGAAGAGAAUAAGAAGGUGUGUAUUCUUCUCAUCCUUCAUUUUGAAGUUUAUAAUAGAUGGGUGAGAACUCACGAAUGCAAACAAAAAUAUGGUCCUUGGAAAUUCUUUGAAUUGCGAUUGGGGUUAGCGAUAGAUUGUUUGAAUAUACUUUUGAGCUGUGUAGUAGAAAAUCAUUCUGUUAGUAUUGAGCCUCAUUUUUCAAUUUUUGUUAAUCUUUGUGGAAGAAACGGCAUUCGUGAAAUGUUUCAGCCAACCCAAUAUUCUCAUUCAGACGGUGAUCAGCACAUCCUUCUCAACCAAGUCCUGUGAUG